GUCGGGAAAAGCUCGAUCGUUCUGCGCUACCUGAAACGAAGGAAUCCUUUAGCCUGUAAUUCCACAAUCGGAGCAUCCUUUUUUACAAAUAUUGUACACGUUGACAACAUCAAAUUUCAUUUACAAAUUUGGGAUACUGCUGGACAAGAAAGGUUUAGAUCUAUGACGCCACUCUACUAUCGCAAAGCACAAGCGGCGAUAAUUGUUUAUGAUAUUACUGACUCUAGUACUUUUGAAGCUACCAAAGGAUGGAUUGAAGAAUUGCAUAAAAACACGUCUGAUAAAUCCUUGAUUUUAGGCAUUGUUGGAAACAAAUCUGAUUUAGCUGAUCAACGGGUUGUCAGUAAAGAAGAUGGAUUGGAACUAGCCCAUGAUAAUUCAGCCAUAUAUAUGGAAACUUCUGCAGCUACCGGCGAAGGUAAAGCUAGGAAUCUUAUUAAGAAAUAG